AAGUAUACAUGGUAUAUAUAAAGAUGCAUCAUUGAAAAAAAAAUACUCCUAUUAUAUUUACUUCAUCAUGAAUACCUCUUCCAUGGCUUCUCAGGUUAAUGGAUCGAAUAUAAUUUUCGAAGAAGGGAUUGCGAAUUUUUCAUCUCUAGUUAAUAGUUCGGAUAUAGUCUACGAAGAAGGUUUUACAAAUUUUUCUUCUCCGGUUAAUAGAUCGAAUAUAGUCUUCGAAGAAGGAAUUGCAAAUUUUUCCAACUCUUUGUACAGCAAACUAGACAGAACUGGAAAUGAAUUCCUUUCACCAUACAGUAUUACGUCAGCAUUGUUACUCCUUAUGCUUGGAACCGGCAAAACGACUAACAAACAGAUGAAGUCGGUCAUUUUCGAAUAUGAAGAACCAGAUGAUAUUGAUCAAGGAUACCAACUUCUUAAUGAGAAACUCUUUACUAGAACAACACCAGGAGUUACAUUAGCUAUGGCAAACAGGUUAUACAGCAGUAAGAGCCUUAACCUAUUAAACACUUUUUCUACAAAAGCGUCUACAUAUUAUGGAAGUGAUGUUGAACCCUUGGAUUUUGUAAAAGAAGCGGAAAAUUCACGAUUGACAAUAAAUAAUUGGAUUUCUAAUAAUACAAAUAAUCGAAUACAAAAUAUGAUUCAAAAGGGUGUUCUUAAUGCUAAUACUUUAUUAGUAUUAACAAACGCUAUUUACUUUAAAGGCAAAUGGGAAAAAGAAUUUAACGCGAAUGACACUGCACAAAGAAACUUUUUCGUGAGAGCGAAUGAGCAGAAGCUGGUUAAUAUGAUGUAUGGUAAGUUUGAUGCAAAAUCUGGUGAGGACCUUUCACUUGACUGCAAGGUUUUACAACUGCCAUAUCAGGGAAAUCAGAUCUCUAUGAUAUUUGUUUUGCCAAAUUCUGGUGAUGGACUGUCCGAACUAGAAAGUAAGCUUACCGCUAAUACUUUCAAAACACUCUUAAGCAGUUUAAAGACACAAGAAACAAUAAUACGAAUUCCCAAAUUUACAAUGACAAGCGAGUACGAUUUGAUGCCAGUUUGUUCAGCUUUAGGAAUUACAGAAAUCUUUGACGACAAAAUUGCAGACUUUAGUGAAAUGUUCAAAUCUGAUGAUACUCGCGUGCGCGUGACUGAAGCACGUCACAAAGCUUUUAUUGAAGUAAACGAAGAGGGAAGCGAGGCUGCAGCCGCUACUACAUUAACUAUUGCAUUAACUUCGGCGAGGAUCCCUGAUCCUCAGCCAUUUGAAUUUGUGGCAGAUCAUCCUUUCCUGUUUGUCAUUCAGGAUGACGAAACAGGGGCACCGCUGUUUAUUGGAAGAUAUGCCAGGCCAUAGUGUAACAGUACCAUAAUUGUUGCAGAAACAGUGAAAUGCAUCUAUUUUGUUAUUGCAAAAAGUGUAAAAUGAUCAUAAUUGAAAAAUCAUAUUGUGAUGAAUGAAUUGACUUCAAAGUUUGUAAAGAAGUUGUAUACAUUUUUGUUUUGAUACUUACUUUGUGUAUACAGAGGUGUUCAUACCUAUCAGUUUUGAAACCAUUAAGUUUCUUGAAAAGCUAUGCAGUUUUAGAUUCAAAGCAUAAGGAAUUCAUUGUUAUAUUAUAUUUGUAAAUAAACAUCUCUUUUAAGUUAG